AUGUUCUUUCUCUGGGCUCUCCAGCUUACACCUGAUGGCCAUCUCCGCAAUAUGGUCCAGCUAGAUUGGCUCGGGUACUACAUUCACCGUCUUUAUCUUCGAUCCCGCAUUAAGCAGCAAUUGCAGUGCUCGAUCUACGCCUUUCAGAGUGCAGUGGUUUUCAGCCCUUCAGACGAUCCUCAGCUCCCGCGGCGGCUGAGCAACCUCGCGAUCUCCUUCCACUCUCGGUUCAAUCGCUUCGGGGACACCAGCGAUCUGGAGAGCUCACUCGAUGCAAACCGACGCGCGGUAGAUCUCACGCCGAAGAACGAUCCUGAGCUCCCGCGGCGGCUGAGCAAACUCGCGGUCUCCUUCCACUCUCGAUAUGAACGCUUCGGAGACACCAGCGAUCUGGAGAGCUCACUCGAUGCAGACCGACGCGCUGUCGAUCUCACGCCGAAGGACGAUCCUCAGCUCCCGCUGCGGCUGAGCAACCUCGCGAUCUCCUUCCACUCUCGUGAUCUUGAGAGUGCACUCGAAACAAAUCGACGCGCGGUCGAGCUCACGCCGACAGACGAUCCUGAGCUCCCGCGGCGGCUGAGCAUUCUUGCGGUCUCCUUCCGCUCUCGAUUCGGUCGCUUUGGAGACCCCAGGGAUCUGGAGAGCGCACUCGAUGCAGACAGACGCGCGGUCGAGCUCACGCCGGCGGACGAUCCUGACCUCCCGCUGCGGCUGAGCAACCUCGCGAUCUCCUUCCACUCUCGAUUCAAUCGCUUCGGAGACUCUAGGGAUCUGGAGAGCGCACUCGAAACAGACAGACGUGCGGUCGAGCUCACGCCGACGGACGAUCCUGAGCUCCCGCGGCGGCUGAGCAACCUCGCGGUCUCCUUUGGCUCUCGAUAUGAGUACUCUCGUGACGGCAACGACCUUAAUAGUGCACUGAAGGCGAGUAGAAGUGCCGUUGAACUGACCCCCGACGGCCAUCCAGAUAAGAUAGUACACAUCCAACACUUAGCUCGUUGUUGUGCCUCUCGCGUCAUACAACAUCGCACGCAAGAAGACUUCGACGAAGCCAUUUCAUUCUAUCAAACUGCACUGGAUCAGCCUGUGGCAAGUCCUCAGGAGCGUUUCAAUUGUGCUGAAGAGCACCUGCACCUUUUGGCGGAGAACCCUCACUUCUGUACCCUUGUCGCGUUGCUUUCCGCGCAUUCGCGCGUCGUCGACGCCCUCCCUGAACUUGUCUGGCUCGGGCACAGUGUCCAACGUCGGUUCGAAGACUCUGCUGACGUUGGGGAGCUUGUCAAUUCGGCCGUGUCUGUCGCUAUCGAGAACAGGCAACUCGACAUGGCCGUGGGAUGGCUGGAAGCAGGCAGGAGCCUCAUCUGGUCACAGAUCUCAUCCUUACAGAGCCCCAUGGACGAUCUCGAGAAAUGCCACCCUGACACUGCAAAGGAGCUGCGCGAAGCUCGACAGAGACUACAGCAACUUGGCACAGCUGCUCAGAUCGGUAUGCACGCGCCAACCGCCGUCGUUCGGCGUCCCGCACACAGUGACCCCACGACUCCCAGUCACUAUGUCCUCCCUAUCGAAACGGCUUCGGACCACUAUCAGCGAGCGGCUAUCGCCUAUGAUGCACUUUUAAAGAAGAUCCGCUCUUUAGAUGGGUUCCAGGACUUCAUGCGGCCCAGUAAGCUGGCAGACCUCGUUGCGGCACCUGCAUUCCGCCGCUUGAGUGCAACCGCCGUUGUCUUCAUCAAUGUUGCCAAAACAUCCUGCGAUGCUCUCGUCCUUUCCAAGAAUGGCUCUGUGAAACUGGUUCAGCUUCCAGCUCUCUCACAGAAGCGCGCAGAGAAGUUACGGUCGUUAUGGACGGAGCAUGUUGGCCUUCGCAGAGGUCACAGACGCGGAGAGACGUCUCGGGCGGACGCGCGGAACAUUCGCACCUACUCGAACAUCUACGUUCGCAUAUUAAGUCGGCUGUGGUCAUUGGUCGUACUUCCAAUUUUAUCUGCAUUAGAUCUUAUCACGAAACCUACGGGAGUACCGUCAUCACACAUCGUCUGGUGCCCCACGGGUCCCCUCACUCAGCUACCAUUGCACGCGGCAGGGAAUUAUGACCAGAAGCAGCCACGUCUCCGAGUCUUCAACUUCGUCAUGUCGUCGUACACUCCAUCCCUCUCAGCGCUACUCAGGUGCCUGGGCAAGGACAUGCCCGCGGCUCUUCCCAGCAUAUUGGUCGUCGCGCAAUCCUAUACCCCUCGUCUCGGGUCGGCGCCUCUGCCAUGUGUACGCGAUGAAACUGCCCGUUUGCGCGCGAUCAUGCCUGGGGAAGGCCACAAGUUCCUCGAGGACGAGCAGGCAUCGGUAGAGCAUACGCUCGCCGCAAUCAAGCAGCACAGUUGGGUGCAUUUCGCGUGCCACGGCUCUCAGAACACGGAAGACCCGACUCUGACCGCGAUCGAGCUGCACAAUAAGUCUCUCACUCUGGGGACGCUGAUACACAACGUUUCCGUCGAGAAUGCGGAGCUGGCAUUUCUUUCGGCGUGCGAAACGGCCGUGGGCGAUGAGGAGAUACCGGAGGAGUCGGCGCAUCUGGCGGCAGGGAUGUUGGCGGUCGGGUUCAAGGGGGUAGUGGCAACUAUGUGGUCGAUUCAAGAUAUGGACGCCCCGAUCAUCGUCGAGGCGUUCUACAAGAAGUUGCUGGAGCUACGCGCGUCUGGGGAUCUACCGUUGGGACAUACCGGCGCGGCGCGUGCACUGCAUCAUGCGACGAUGGUGCUGAAGGAUAAGGUCGGCGAGAACAACUUCGAGCGAUGGGUUCCGUUUGUACAUUUCGGCGUCUAG